AUGCCGCCGACAUCGACGUUACGCAUCCAGGCACGCUCCUUCUCCGUGCUCAAUCGCCCAAAGCCAAACUAUCCUGGCCAUGUGCCCUUGACCUUUGUCGAGCGAUGCGGCUUGGCCGUGGGCUCUGCCCUGGGCUCCAUGCUCGACCAUCAUCGCCAUGAUCUGGUAGCUGCUCUGGGCGAAGCAACAUGCAAGCCCUACUUCAUCACUCGUCUGCGACAGAGCAUGCUGUCGCACCCCACCGGCCGCCGUAUACUUCGCGACCGUCCCCGCAUCUCCAGCGAGACCAUGUCGCUUGAGCACCUACGCACUCUGCCAGACAACUCGGUCGGCCGCGUCUAUGCCCAAUGGCUCGAUCGUGAGGGCGUCACGCCCGACACUCGUGAUCAAGUUCGCUAUAUCGACGACCCGGAGGAAGCCUAUGUCAUGCAGCGCUACCGCGAAUCUCACGACUUCUACCAUGCCCUCACCGGCCUGCCCGUCUUUGCCGAGGGUGAGAUUGCCCUCAAGGCCUUUGAGUUUGCAAACACUCUCCUCCCAAUGACCGCUCUCUCCAUGGCCGCUGUCGUCAAGCUCAAGCCCGCCGCUCGUCGCCGCUUCUGGUCUACCUACCUGCCUUGGGCCGUGAAGAACGGUCUGCGCGCCGAAGACGUCAUCAAUAUCUACUGGGAAGAAGUGCUCGAGAAGGACUGUGGUCAAUUGAGACAAGAGCUGGGCAUCGAAAUGCCUCCGGAUCUUCGCGAGCAGAGAAGGAUUAUGAGAGAUAAGAAAAAGGCUGAACAAGCCUCUCGCGAAGCUCGUCAGACUGUGGGUCAAGGUCUCAUGUCGAACUAA